AUGGCUGCAGCUAUGCAGGCAACAGCUGAUGCACUGGGUAAUCAGAUAAAUCAGGGUAAUCAUGGGAACAAUAAUGAUGAGGACGGUCCUAUGACACUUGCUACAUUUCUGAAAGUUCGCCCUCCAACUUUUAGGGGAACCUCAAAUCCUACUGACGCAGAUAAUUGGAUUCAGGCUAUGGAAAGGGCGUUACAGGCACAACAGGUUCCUGAAGAGCAAUGGGUUGAAUUUGGGACUUAUCAGUUGCAAGGUGCGCCUGAAGAUUUUGCUGAAUGGAAGUGUAUUAAAUAUGAGGGAGGUCUUCGGAGCGAUAUUCUGAGCUUCGUUGCCCCAAUAGAGAUUAGGGUGUUUUCUGAAUUGGUGAAUAAGAGUAGGGUGGCUGAGGAUUGUGUGAGGAAGGCGGCAGCAGAGAAAGGGAGUUUGAGGAUGCCUUUUCAGAGGCCUUUAGGGAGGAACUUUGCUCCGAGAGGUAGGAAUUUCAAGCGUGGAGGCUUUGUUCCGCAGCAGACUCAGGGUCAGGGUAAUUAUAGAAGGCCGAAUAUUACUGCUAAUCAAGGAAAAAGGUUUGGGAAGCAGCCACAGCAGGAUCUAAAUUGUCAGAAGUGUGGAAAAUAUCAUCCUGGAGUUCCGUGUAGAUUAGGACUUGGAGUGUGCUAUUCCUGUGGACAGCCCGGGCAUAUAGCCAGUAAUUGCCCUGAGAAGAAGAAGUAUGAGACUGGUAGGGUGCAACAGCCGGGGAGAGUAUACACUACUUCUACCAUUGGUGCUGAGGGAUCUAAGACACUUAUUAGAGGAAAAGCGAACGUUGUGGCGGACGCUUUGAAUCGGAAGUCUUUAUAUGCAGCUUGGAUGAUGCUACGGGAGGAAGAGUUACUGAAGGCAUUUCAAGCAGUUGAACAGGGAAAACAGUGGAGAAUGUCAGAAGGUCAUGAUGGUUUAUGGAGGUUCAAGAACCGGAUUAUUGUGCCUGAUGUUGGAGACCUACGACAAAGUAUCUUGAAGCUUGAAGGAAAGAACGGGUUUUAA